AUGCCGAAGAGGAAGAGAAGGGAGUGGCAGCAGCAGCCUGGCGAACUCGUGAGCAGCGAAGAUGAGAUUCGCGUCGCGACGCGUGUUGCAUCCACCAAACGUUUCAACGCUCACCACAGCGAAUCCGGAACAGAUUAUCUUGGAGAUCGCUUCCGCGCUCGCGCAGGCACAACUGUUGUGAAUGAUGGUUUUGUGACACCACUUACACUGGGAGGAGCUUCCGAGUCAACCAAACAGGAACAGGGUUCAGAGUCAACCAAAGAGGCCAGGGAAUUGCCAGCCGCACCUAUCAACGCGAAAGUCCUUGUUCCCGAUUGUCGCGAUGGCUCAGCCUACCCAAGGAGCAUUUACCAAGGAUUCGAACCGCCACUGAAGGAAGUGUCUGAGCGUGUGGCCAUCUCUCUUCUCGUGGCCGCCCAUAAAGAUGCACAUCUCGACGACGAAGAGUACACGUACAUUGCACUCGAUCAAUUCAGCAUUUACAGACCAGAAACCUCUAUCUACCAUGCAAAUGAACUAGUGACAUUGGAUCGGCUUUCAAGGGAUAGCUACCCAGAGUUCUGCUUUGAUGGAAUCCUUUCGGUUGGAUCGCACAAAUACUUCGUUCGCAACGUUCGAUUUGCGAUACUGGCUGUCGAUGGAUAUGGCGAGCCAGACGUUACGGAUAUGAGAGAUCAACUUUGCGUCCAGUCCAGUCAUGCUAAGAAACACGAUGCAUGGCUAAGGCUAGGUACGCCUGCGCGCGAGUACCAGCGAUUCUACCAGCCAUUUUUAUGGCUGGUGAAGUUUACCAAACACUUUGUGGACUACCUCCUGUGCACUAAGCAAGUCACCAUUGCCCAUUUUCGAGAGAAAUUUCUUACAUGGUUGCAGGAAAUGUAUGGGGACAAGGACUCAUCACUCCAGAUCUGGCUGCGCGAAGCCAACCUGCGAGACUUCAGAACCACAGUCGCAGCUCACGUGGAAUUGCUCUGGAAAGAGUGCUGCGGCACUCAACAACCUAGCGAUGAGAUACAAAUUUGCACGCAACCUAUCUGGGCAGAGGUUCACCCUGCACGCCUUGAUGCAAUCCCGGAGCAAGAGAACCUUGCGAAAAGAACAGUGGUCACUCCCUUCGCAUAUGACUGCUUCAAAUCCAUGUACUUCGCCGAUCAAUUUGUGGAGUCUCCAAUCACGGAUACCAAGGUCCAAGGAACAGUUCGACAACUCAAGGCCAAGCUAGGUCUUACACCGUUGUACGAGCCCAGGGCAUUCACUCCUAUAAGUAACACGUCCGAGCCUCCAGAGGCACGUGUUCCAGCUUCCUUAGCAAGUAAAGCUGCAGACAGCGCAGAGACCAUCAACAUCAAGGUGGGGGACGUUGUUAUGCUUCCCCCAGAGAAGGAAGGCAGUUGGCGGUCAGUUGCAGAUUGCUGGUAUGCCUACGUUCAGCGUAUCCACACGAAGGAUGGGAAGACCCGCCUUGACAUUCUCUGGCUGUACCAUGCAAGUGAUACCACUAUCGGGAAUGUCUACUACCCCUUCCAAAACGAGCUGUUCUUCUCAGACAAUUGCGGAUGUGACACGAAGGAACACCAGGAAUCCUGGGAUCUGGGAGAAGUCAUCCGCAAAGUUGAUGUCGCUUGGUUUACAAAGGACCCAUAUCAAGCAAAUGAGAAGGGACUUUUUGUACGGCAAAAAUUCCGCACGGUCCCAGAGAUGGACCACUUUGACUUCGUCACACUGCAAGAAACGGAUUUUAGAUGCCAUCAUCAGCCUGAUCACGUCGAGACAGAAGAGGAGGCAUAUGCGAUUGGCGAUGUUGUUCUAGUUCGGAACCCGCUCUUAACGCUUUGUGAAGUCGCGCAGGUCGUUGGGGGUGGCAGAAGGCGCUUGAAAUUACGCAGACUACAUGUACGCAGACGACGCGAAUCUCAGCCAGCUGYACGGGCGAACGAAUUGGUCGCAACUUCGGAGGUGUUUGAGGCCACUUUGGAAAAUGACAAGGGCAAUGACAGUGACAACGACGACCCGAUGGACGAAGAUGAUGCAAUAGGCCAGGUGGUUCGAAAGUGCCACGUGCAGACGUUUACACGCGAAGAAAUCGAUGGAGGCAAUCUGCCAGCCCCAUACGACCGCAAUGGCACUGGCGAUUUCUUCAUUAUGGAAGCGAGUGAGACUGAGAACGACAGCUUCCCGUCAAUCAACAAGGGCUGGGAUCCUCGAACUCCCAGUGGAUUUAAGAAGCUCACUGGACUUGGCAUCUUCUGCGGAGGUGGGACAUUCGAUCGAGGUCUAGAAGAAGGUGGAGCUGUGAAGUUCCAAUACGCAGUCGAUUGGACUGAGCAUGCACUACACAGCUAUAGAGCCAACUUGGAUCAACCCCAGGAAGUCGAUUUCUUCCUAGGCUCUGUUAACGACUACCUAGCGAAGGCGCUCUCUGGAGACCUCAGCGUCGCAGCCCCAGGAUCAGUUCAGCUCAUUUCCGCUGGAUCUCCGUGCCAGGGCUUCAGCCGCAUGCAGAUUAACACGGCCAGUGAGCAGUCUAAGCAGAACGCAUCGAUGGUAGCAUCUGUUGUCGCAUUUGCUGAUCUCUACUGCCCGCAAUACAUGAUACUUGAGAACGUGGUCUCCAUGACGGAGGGUCGAAAUGAGCGAAAAGAACACAACGUGUUCCAACAGAUCCUUGCCGCGCUUGUGGCUCUUGGAUAUCAGAUCCAGCAAUUUCUUGGCGAUUCGUGGUCUCACGGCAGCUGCCAGCAACGAUCGAGAUUGUUCAUUAUCGCCACUGCGCCAGGCCUUACACCUCCACCCCAACCACCGUGCAGCCAUGCUCAUCCUCCAGACAUUUCAACACGCAGUUUGGGUAGGUCCAGCAAUGGGCUACCGUUUGGAAGUCGCAAAGUCAACCCUGAUGUUGCGCUGCCGCAUAUUUCACCACAAGAAGCAGUUGGCGACCUACCUCCUGUCUACGACUCUCAGCCGCAGCUAUGCCCAGCAUUUCCUGACCAUAGAGCAGCCACAAACGAGACCAGCCGAUCUAGAUUGCUUAUGCGAGCAGUGCCUAUCCGACCUCGUGGCAUGACGCUUGUACAAGCCUGGGAGCAGGGUCGAUUGUCCGGCGAGCCACUCCGCUUUUGUGAGAGUAGUGGUCAACUCCGGCAAGCCACUACAUCGAAGAUGUAUGCUCGCGUCCUACCUGACAAGCUCUUCCCCACUAUAGUCACCAGACUAGCAGUUGCGGAUGGCAUGAAUGGACGCUGCUUACAUUGGGAUGAGCAUCGUGUUCUUACGGUAAUGGAAGCAAAGCGAGCUCAAGGAUACCUUGACCAUGAGGUGUUAGUCGGAUCAGCAACGCAACAAGUGAAAAUUGUCGGUAACAGUGUCGAUCGCRGCGYCGCUCUCGUGCUUGGACUUUCGCUUCGUAAGAGCUGGCUAAAGUCUCAUUYCUCGAUUCCGACUGAUAKCAACGAUGUGGACAUGAUGGUCGACGUAGACCUCACAGACGACGAGAUGCUUCAGGAGCGGAAUGGAACUGGCUUCAGUAAUGUGGAGGUUGAUAAUCGGACAGUGAAGAUGUCCUUGACCAUGAGUCGAGAGGAAAUUGAAGGUGUUGAUAAGGUGACCGCUUCUACAGGCAGCACGUUCAAGAAGCUCCUCAGGGUCUUGUCGAGUAGUAAGGAGCAUCAGAUAGCUAGGGAGUCCAUCCAUGGAGCAGCUGGAUAG